UGUUUGUGCAGUGCGCUGGGCCUGGGGACUUUCGCCUUUCAACGACCGACGACCGCAAUCCGGACCACCGCCCGGCGCCAAUGCGACCGUAGCGCUUCCGACUUCUCCCCUCCCUCGUCCCCAUUCCGUUCCUAAGGCUCAUGACUUUUGACAACAAAGGUCUCUCCAUACCAACACGAUGGAUAUGAAGGAUGGCUGGAGAGUCCGGCAACUGAACGACGAACCGAUGUACUGCGAGGCUCCCCACGACGAAUCGGAUAUCUUGUGCGCCAGUUCUGACCACGAAGACCUCGAGAGCCUCAAAGAGAGGAGACGUCGAUAUGAAGAGGCUGCGACUCGAUUUUUGCAGGGACAUACACCAAGGCUGCUAUCUACAGUUCUAAGAGGCCCUUUCGAAGGACCAGACGCAAAAGGUUGGGUGAAUCCAUGGCAGUCAAGACGGAAACCAACGUUAGCUGCCACCCCACCACCACCACCUCCGGCUGCUGUCGUCAAAACAAUCACGGAAGUCGAGGAAACCAUUGUAGAAGAAGUGGAUGUUGAGGAUGCAGUGUCUUGCCAUCUACCGAGCCCGCGAAGCCUGGAUCAACCCAACUUAAGCCAGCACCCUUUCAUGGAAACACACGAACUAGAACGAGUCAAAGCAUGGCGAAAUACCACGGAAUCUGUUAGUGACACACAGGAGUUUGCUUGGUCACUAGAAGCCUCUUUUUCGCAGCCUCAAUCACAGACACAGCGUAAGCGACGGUCAACAGGGUCAGAAUGGCUUAAGCGGCAAGACACCAAACGACGAAAGGCAGAUGAUACAAAUAUUGCCUGGGAGGACUCGGCUGCUACCCAGCGGGAUGGCGCACGACUGAGCCAAAACGUUAUGCAGAAACAAGUGGACGCUACCAUGGAGGCUGAGACUGCAAGCUUGGAGAGCUCUCAAAUAAACCCACAAACCCCGCGCAAGGCCUUGAACUCAAGUGCCAGUCGCCCGCACCAGCAACAACUCUCACAAAUAUCCAAUAAACACGCCAGUACUGCACAAGACGAGAUACCAGCGCCGCUGAGCACUCCGAUCCAGACUCCCCAGUCCAAUAGGAAGGCAGUGGUGAAUACUGGAAAUGAUGCUCCCCCCAGCAGUGUUGUCACUGUGGUCAAGGAAGAGGAACGGAGUGAAUUCGAGACGCAACAGGACGAAAGUUUCUUAUUCCGUGCAAGGCCAAGAAAUCAUGCCCUCAAUCCCUUGAACUCAAGUCCCUUGAAGAGAAUGUCCUUCGGCCAAGUUUCUUCCGCCGCUUCCACUUUUUCGAGCGAGAGCGACUCCCAAGGCGAUGUCCAAGAUUUGGAGGGUGAUACUUGCAUGGCAGACGACACCAAGGCUACCUCCCCAGGAUCCAGCGAGGAAGAUGGAGACCAUCAUUCCCCAGAGAAAGACGCAGCGCAAGGACGGGAGAGCGGCGACUUUAUAUCCGAGCCCCGGCGCAGUGACAUAGCCCUCAAUGCGAUGGAAACCGACGUGUGCCCUACGAAAACGACGGAUGGCGAAGUCUUAGAAAUGGCUGAGAACCUUGUUGAGCAUCUACCAGCUGAGACGGCCGCAACAGCAGGAAUCGCGGAUCUAGCAUCGAGCCAAGAACCGACGAUUGUUGCAAUUGCUGCAUCACAAGAACAAGCAGACAAUUUGCCAUUGAAGGAAGCCAGCCCAGUGCCGCAACCGCCGACGCCAGAAAUCAGAGCCACUUCACCAAAGGAACCAGCAAGCCAAACCUCCAGCUCGUUCGCGGGCAUACUACCAAACCUCUUCCCUCAGAGUCCCUGGUCGAAGCUGAGCCAAUUUCUCAUCCCGCGUACUCCUCGUCCGCCUAGCAACACUGAUCAGAACCACCAAAUGACUGGUGCCAACUCGUCCACUGUCGAGGGCUCCAGCGCUUCACAGACACCGGCAAUACCAUUGAUUGCAUCGGCUGUAGAAACAGUUGUAUCUGUUGUAUCUGUUGCUGGAACACCUGAACGAAUAGUUGAGCGACCUUCAGCACGCACGACUGACAGAUUAGUGGACGCAGCCAGUCUUCACAACAGCCCCGCCGUACCAGCUUCACAACAAAGUCCGUGGAAUAUGGACGUGCCAGUCAUUGCUCCGCCUCAGCAACAACAACAGCCGAGGGACAGUGAUGCAGCAAGUAUCAUCGACCCAAGCUGCCAAAGUCCUUGGACUGCGAGCCCGACCAAAAUGCGUCAAGCUGCUCAAGAAGCUCUUAUGUCAAAGUUCUUCAACGUUGCCGAACCAGCUUCGCCUUCACCGCUUGCCCCCACCGUCAAUAUGAUUCCUGUAGGUCCGUCAGUCACUACUGAACAGCCCAACACUGCCGACACCUCAGAGCCAGUUUCGCCUGAGCCUAUCUUCUCUAUCAAGUCCUUUGCGAACUUUCUGUCCCCAUCGCCCGAAAAGCCACGUCGGCGUCUCAAUAAGGCUCGCCUUAGUGGCGGUCACCUGCCUAGUACGCAGAAUCUGGUCGCCGCUACAACCAAUAAUCCAUGGGAAAGCGUUAAAAAGUCAGCCAAGAGGGUCAGAUGGGCUUUACUGCCCAACGAAGCCGAAGGCGAAGAAUAUGCAGAGGGCCAGGAUCCUCACACGCCUACGAUGCAAAGAGCUGCUUCGCCGCCGCCAGAGACCGCAGUAGCUGAUUUGCCAACCGGUGAAGACGAUCAGUAUAAAAAGCACUUCCAAGCUGUUUCCCUUCGAAAAAAGCUCCAUCACCAUCUCUUACCUUCAGCAUCUCAGCAAGUCUUGCAAAGUCCGGGCCCGAUGGCCAUGGCUGAGGCUUUUGUCUCGGCUGACUCGUUCCGAGCACCUCCAGCUUCGGUGGCCACCAUGCAUGUCGACGAUGCCCCACUGGUACAAGACAAUGCCGAAACGCAGGAGUCCGCCGUGGAUGAUGUUGACGACAUCCUUCGUAACCUUAACGAGUUCAUUGAAAUGGUCGAUGUUGAAGCUGAUCUCGCGAGAGCCAAGGAAGAAGAGCAGAAGCAGAUUGAUAAACAACAACAGCAGCGAACAAGCCAGCCUGUAAGCAAAAGCUUCACAGGGGGCUUCACUUUCGACGGGAUGAUGGACGCAGGAGUUUGGGAUUGAGAGAGUCUCUGAUCAAAGGAGAUGUUACGGACGAUGCAUCAUAUAUGAAUGUUUUCGGAUGCAAGCAAGGAGUACCUGCGCAGGCGGCGUCAUCAUGCGAAUUAUUAUAUACUAGCGAGGUGUUUGGGGUCAAUGACAAAAUACCACAUCAUGGGCGGAGCAACUGCUUUGCUUUACUUACUCUACGACGAAUAAGUAGUUGCUACUUAGUCCAUUUACUAUAGUUAGCUGUUCCGUCUUUAGCAAAGACCGAACCUUUGUCAAACAUCAUUUAGUCAGUAACUUGAUCCUCGUGCAACUGCU